AAUCACAACUGAAAUCAGACGGUAAAAUGGCUUUAGCGCCCAACCGAGUCGUCGACGAAAAUUAGAGCACCACUUCUCUCUCUCUCUCUCUCUCUCUCUGCAAUCCCUUACUUCCAAAUAGGGUUUCUCACUCUCUCUCUCUCCCCUUCUCCCUUUCUACAAAUUCUGAAGCCCUAGGUACCUCAAUUUCAAGUGUAGAUUAAUCAUCAAUGGGGGAAGACAAGGGCAGUGGCAGUGGCAGCGGCGGCGAAUCGAGGAGGGCUACGACGUCGUCGUUCGUGACGGUGGGAGACCGGCAGAGGUUCACGGUGGAGCUGAGGCCGGGGGAGACCACUAUCGUUUCGUGGAAGAAGCUCGUCAAGGACUCAACCAAGGCCCAGGGGCCCGCCUCCGUCCCCGAACCGCCCCCGGCCAACGCUCACCCGGCCCUUGAGUCUCGGUUAGCUCCGGGACACGCUGAUGAAAAUGACGUGAAGGAUGCCCCCCCUGCAAGUCGAUUUAGUGCUGUUAUUGAAAAAAUAGAACGCCUAUAUGUGGGCAAAAACAGUAGUGAUGAUGAAGAUCUUAAUGAUAUUCCAGAUGAUGACGAGUAUGAUACAGAAGAUUCGUUCAUAGACGAUGCAGAGCUGGAUGACUAUUUUCAGGUUGAUAACUCAGCCAUAAAACAUGACGGAUUCUUUGUCAAUCGAGGGAAAUUGGAACGCAUAAAUGAACCUGUGUUAUUGCCUAACCAACAACCUAAGAAAAGGAGAAGAAAAGAUUCGGCAAAAGGUAAUGUUGAGGGUGAUGAUGUGGCCGUUCCACAUAAACAUGCAAAAGUACGAAAGAAAGAAACUGAAAAGUCAGUGCCUUUGGUUGGGAAGACCUCUACCGGUCCCUCUCACGUUGUGGCUUUACCAAGUGUACGACCUGAAGAGAUGAAAUUCCAGAAUCAGAUGAAUUCCUCUGCAGUUUCUGCUAAAAAGAAAUAUGCUGAAACAAAAACUUCAUUGGAUCCAUCUCGAUCUUCAAAAGUUUCAGAAGGUGAUGCUUCUUUGCUUAGACCAGAGGAAAAGGAUAUUGACAAGCAGAAGACAAUGGCCCCAUCUAACUUCCAGGGUGACAAAUUGAAAGACGGAGGUGAUUUUGCUGAUGCUUCAGUUCCUGGCAAAAGUUCACAUGCACAAUCCAAAACCCAGUUUGCAAAAUCUUCGAAUGACGUUGACGAGUUGGAUCAAGCUGUUCAGCGGAGAGAAAAAGAUGGCAUUCGCGAAAGGUUUGACCUUAAUGUUUCUGAGGGAACGCAUUCCACGCAAACUGUGAUCAUGCAGAAGGCUCCACUCCAGCAGAGAAAGGAAGGUUCCAGCGUAAGAUAUAAAAGUUCGAUGCUUGAGAAAGCCAUUAGAGAGUUAGAGAACAUGGUUGCAGAAUCGAGACCACCGUCCAUGGAAGUUCAGAAUGCUGAUAUUUCAUCUCAGGCAGUCAAGAGGAGGUUGCCACGUGAAGUGAAGCAGAAGCUUGCAAAAGUUGCUAGAUUAGCGCAGGCAAGCCAUGGAAAAAUAUCGAAGGAGCUGGUUAAUCGUCUUAUGAGUAUUCUUGGACACUUGGUACAGCUGAGGACGUUAAAGAGAAACCUAAAAGACAUGGUUAUUAUGGGGCUAUCAUCCAAAAAGGAAAAAGAUGAUAGAUUUGAGAAGAUGAAAAAGGAUGUCGCUGAGCAGAUAAGAAUGCGAGUGCCUUCUAUGAAGGCGAAGGCACUUGAACAACAAGCUGGAGCAUCUGAUGAUUUUCAAGAAAUUGGCAAUGAAGGGAAAGAAGUCAUCAAAAGAAAAUAUAGCAUGGAUGAUGCUUUAGAGGACAGUAUUUGUGAUCUCUAUGACCUCUAUGUCCAAGGGCUGGAUGAAGAUGCAGGUCCGCAAGCGAGAAAGCUUUAUGCAGAGCUUGCAGGACUAUGGCCAGAUGGAUAUAUGGACAAUCAUGGAAUUAAACGGGCUAUAUGCAGAGCAAAAGAUAGGAAGAGAGCACUGUACAGCCGGCAUAAGGAUCAGGAGAAAAUAAAGAGGAAGAAGUUGUUGAUUCAGAGGAAUGAGGAAUCAGUUCGAGUGGAUAGUAGUUCUAUAGCUCAGCCACAAAAUAUACAAGAGAAGUUGGUCACUGAUUCUAGUAAUUACGGUUUAACUUCACACAACAAGCCAGUCUCUAAUGCAGCAGAAGCAAAUACUACUGUGAGGGUGUCCAAUACUAUAUCGGACGCUACCAAAUUGCACCGGCCGAAGCAAGAGAAAGUAAAGGGGGUUCUAAGUAAUCCCAAUGACAUGACAACAAUGGGUGCAUUGACAAAGAAAAAGGUGAAGAGGAAACCAGAAUUUGUUUCUGCAGAUGGGGAGGAAAGACACAAGUUGCACAGGCAGGUUUCUCCUCCUAUCCGAAAAUCAAGCCUUCCGUUGGUGGCUCCUCCUCCGCCAGUUCAAAAACCCAGCCUUCCAAUGGUGGCGGCUCCUCCACCUCCUGUUCAAAAACCAAGCCUUCCAAUGGCGGCAGCUCCUCGAAACUUUGAAGUUUGAACACCUCAGCUGACGGGAUACAGCUCGGAUAGGAAGUUCUCACCGCGUUGGUGUUUUUUGUAACUACAAUCUUUGUUUUUUGUUCUCCCUUUGCUCGCGGCUUCAAUCUUUGUUUUUUGUUCUCCCUUUGCUCGCGGCUUCAUUCAUUUUGGCAAUAUUGUUCUAUUUCCAAAAUUCGACGCUGAUGUCAUGUUGGAUGAAUUUUCUUUUGGUUAGAGGUAACAUGAGAUGAAAUUGUUCUCAAAA